CAUGGCAACAAAACCCACAACAACAAUGACUUUUAUCACCAUCUUCAUCUGGGCACUUGCCUUCUGCACUCAAGAAACUACAGGGCAGUACACUUUGACUCAGACUCCUGCAGUGAAAACUCUUCUUCCAGGAGACUCAGUGUCUCUGAGCUGUAAAGUCAGCAGUGCUGUGUACAAAGAUUCUUAUGGCAACUACCUCUCCUGGUACCAGCAGAAGCCUGGAGAAGCUCCUAAACUCUUGAUCUAUAGUGCAAGCACCCGUCACACGGGGACUCCAGACCGAUUCAGUGGCAGUGGAUCUGGGACUGACUUCACUCUGACCAUCAGUGGAGUCCAGGCUGAAGAUGCAGGAGAUUACUACUGUCAGAGUCUACACUAUCCUAGUAGCACCUGGGUGUUCACAGUAGUUAUGGAGCCCUCAGACGACGAUCCAAUCUGUGUAGUGAGGUUCAAGACAUUCUUUACCACAGACCUAGCUAAAUGGAAGGACAGCACCAACCUCACAUGGCUGAAGAUCACUACUGCACUUGAUCCCAGGUUUCAGGACCUGAAGUGUCUUCCCAAAGAUGAAAGGAGUGAGGUGUGGGCUUCAGUACGCAACCUGGUGAUGGGAGAGACGCCUGCACAACAACCAUCUGCAGAGACAACAGAGAAACAGCCACCAAAGAAGAGGAGGAUGUCCGUCUUCUUGCUGAGUUCUUCUGAAACGGACACAGACGAAGAGGAAGAGUCCACAGAACAAUGUCUGGACCGCUACAAAGCAGAGCCCAAAAUGGACAUGGAGGGUAACUGGCUGAAUAUAAAGGAGGACUAA